AAGAAUAAUAAACCAGGGGACUGAGCACAGAAUCUGAAACUUUAUGCUGACAGGUAAACUCUCCAGAGUUUCCACAAAAAACGAUCUCACAACGGAGACAGAGUGGAUUCCAAGUUUAGAACAUCCAAAAAUUGCAGAAGAUGGAAUUAGAUACCCUCUUUGUCAUAUCACCCUCAUCUUUCUUUUGUCAGACAAAUUAGCAAUAAAAAGGUUCCAUAAUUCCAUUCCAUGACUUUAUUAUCUUAAAUGCAGAAUCCUCUUCCUCAAAAUCAAAUUUUACGGGUAAUAUUUUAACACAGUAUUGCAUCCAUCAUCUGAUUAUAGACAUAUCAAGCAGGGUAGGAUUUAGGACUAUCAAGCUGAGCAGUGCUUCUGUUGUUAUGCGAAGUGCACAACUUCUGCCAGUUAACAAUUUGAGUAUGAUCAGUUUGAAGUGCACCUUUAUGUGAUACUACUGCUACAGCAUGGAAGAUCUUAAACGAAGCUGCAUACCUGGAGAUGGAAGGUGCUUGUUUCGAUCGGUUGUUCAUGGUGCUUGUUUAAGAACUGGAAAGCCAUCUCCAACCAAGAGCCUUGAGAAAGAACUCGCUGAUGAGCUUAGAGCCAAUGUUGUAAAUGAAUUCAUCAAACGACGAGCAGACAGUGAGUGGUACCUUGAUGGUGAUUUUGACACGUAUAUUACACAUAUGCGACAACCCCAUGUUUGGGGAGGAGAACCAGAGUUGCUCAUGGCUUCCCAUGUUCUAAAGAUGCCUAUUAGUGUGUAUAUGCUUGAUAAGAAGUCCAACACUCUGAAGACUAUAGCAGAAUAUGGCCAGGGAUACGGGAAGGAAAACCCGAUUCAUGUUUUAUAUGAUGGCUAUGGACAUUACGAUGUAUUAAAGAAUCAAUCAGGAAGGUUCCAAGACUAAUAGGUAAAUGGAAAGGUGAAGAGGAACCGCUUAACCAGAUUAUUUGGCAUGUAGUACAAACCACUUCUAUUAUCCUUCACUUCUGUCUGAAAAACAAUGAUGAAUUUUAGUUACUUGGUAGCUCUCACCUUUAAUAUAAAUUGCUCAACCCCCAACACUACCAGAAAAAAAAAGAAGCAGAAUAAACUUGUACGAAGGUGGUUGACUGGUUCUAGCAAAAGAAAUAAACCAUUUAUUAGUGUUUCAACUAAUUAUACAAGUACUUGUAAAUCAUUUGUAUUAAAGCGCUGUAAAUAAAUGCAUCUGGAGGUGUGAAUAAUAGAGCAUGCCAUUAGGAAGAAUAUGAUUUCCUGGUGUAAUAUUUACUCAUAAAAUUGUAUCAAGCAGAUUAAAGUUAUAUAAAAGAAAACUACCAUCUUGCAA